UCUGGCAGCUAUGGAGGACGAGGGAGCGAGGGAGAGCGAGAGGCGAUGGAGGAGGAGGAGGAGGAGGCAUCGAGAGGAGGGCAGGGGAGGGGAAGAGGAGGAGGAGGACGCCCCGAGCAGCGGAUUCUUGCCCUCUAGUGCGAGCAUGUUCCCGGCACUUUAGGCAGGUACGUGGUGCUGGUAGGGGAAAGUCUUUUCGUCGUCGCAGGCAGUGCGAGCCAUGUCGUUGUUUGGGAGCUUGAGCAUAAAAUUCGAGGUGAGGCUCAGAGCGUGGUCACAUUGUAUUUAAAUGAAUCGGACGAGGUGCCUGAAGGUGAGGUGGAGGAGGAAGGUAUGGUGAUGCUAAUGAUGGCGUUGGUGAUGAUGAUGAGGAGGAGUUAGAUUGGAUCUGGGCUUCGGUGAGAGAGGGAGAGAGGGAGAGAGAGAGAGAGAGAGAGAGAGAGAGAGAGGAAUUCUCCAUUGUAAUUUUUUUAGGGGGGUCGGUUUUAGGUCUGCUGGGUCUGUGGCUGGCUCGCGUGCUCGCUGGUCUUGGGACGCACAAUUGUGCGAGAAUUUGAGUGCAGAGAGGCUUUAGAAGCAGAAGAAGAGCUUUCUUUGUGACCUGAUCUUCUGACUGGCUGGCCUGUCGGAAAUUCUGUGGACGGUUGGUCGGUCGAUCGGGUCCUGCGUGUCAGCCCUUGGUGUUAGAAGAGGUGAGAUCUGAGACUCUUAGAGUCGAUGCAUCUCCCUCAAUCUCAGUUUCUCGCGCUCGCUCUGUCUGUUGGUCUUUGAUCGUUGACACUGAGUCCGUCAGUUGGAAUAUUUGUAGAUAAUCCGGUUCUCUUCCCGGCUCUCUUGAAGUGGAGGAGCAGCCGGGCGUGGGAAGCGUGCAAGGGAAAUUAGGAAUGGACUUAGCAGGCCGGUAGCUGCUGUGCGCCCAAUUUUCCAUCCACUUCAGCCUAGUACAGCGGAGCACAAAAAUGGCUCCCACAAGCAGCAAACAGGAUCGCAAGGCCGUGCUCGAUACGGGAGCAUGGCUUUUCAAUGUGAGCACGUCGGUCGGCAUUAUCAUGAUCAACAAGCAGCUGAUGUCGUUCUACGGGUUCAAAUUCGCUACAACUCUCACUGGGCUUCACUUUACCAUGACUACUUUGAUGACCAUCGUUCUGAGAUGUAUGGGCUACAUCCAGCCUUCACAUCUGCCAGCUAUUGAUCUCGCGAAGUUUGCUCUUUGUGCCAAUUUUUCCAUUGUUGGCAUGAAUGUCAGCCUUAUGUGGAAUUCUGUCGGCUUUUACCAGAUAGCAAAAUUGAGCAUGAUACCUGUAUCAUGCUUGUUUGAGGUCCUCUUUGACAAGAUCCGAUAUUCCAGGGAUACGAAGCUGAGUAUCUCUGUGGUGCUUGCUGGUGUAGCAAUUUGCACUGUUAGUGACGUGAGCGUCAACUCUAGGGGUUUCAUAUCUGCCAUAAUUGCAGUUUGGUCUACUGCUCUUCAGCAAUAUUAUGUCCACAGCUUGCAGAAGAAAUAUUCUCUGGGUUCUUUUGACCUCCUAGGCCAUACAGCACCUGUACAGGCUGCGACUCUCAUUUUCUCGGGACCCCUUGUUGACUAUUGGUUAACCGAGAAAAGAGUUGACCUUUACGAUUUUAGCGUCCCUUCAGUUUUCUUUAUCGUUCUUUCCUGCGUGGUCGCGGUCGGCACCAACUUGAGCCAGUUCAUUUGCAUCGGAAGAUUUACGGCCGUCUCCUUCCAAGUUUUGGGCCACAUGAAGACAGUUCUUGUCCUCUUUCUCGGAUUUCUUUUGUUUGGAAGGCAAGGCUUGAGCAUACAAGUGGUAAUGGGUAUGCUUUUGGCGAUCGUAGGAAUGAUUUGGUACGGAAAUGCCUCAUCCAAGCCCGGAGGCAAAGAGAAGCGUCCCCUUGUGAAUGAGAAGGUACAAAAGGGUCUCGCAGGUUCUCAAGAUGAUGAAGAAGUCGGUCUCAUGAAAGGUUGAAGCGUUGAGGUCAGCAUUCAAGUCCGCACAUCCAUCAUGCACACAAGUUGGGCAGGUCGAAUGCACUUGCCCUUCUGCUCUCAUCAGCCUCUUGGAUCAGGAUCAUAAAAACCCAUUCGAAAUCUCAACGUGCUCUGGUUAGUUCAUCCGAGUAUUCUAGUCUCAUUCAUUUUCUAGGUGUAACCAAUAUUUAUUGGCAACGGAGGCACUGAUAGACAUUCAUUUGAGCAUCUUCACAUUCUAUGUAUAGCUAGCUUCUGGCAAAGGCCUUUAGAAACCCAUGUCUUACUUUUCAUUUGUUCUCAGAGGGAAAUCAAGAGAUGAGGUAUCUGCAAGGCAUCUGGGCGUUUACCGUUUACUCUUCCAGCUUAGGUGGCCUUACUUUAAGAGUUGCUGGUAUGAAAUUUCGCCAUUUGUUUCUAAGCUGCACCAACAUCAACAAUGCCAGGCGUUUUGCUCUGGUUUCUCUACGUC